UAGGACCAGCUUCGUAUGCACAAGCUCGCAUUUGGCUAGAUGAACAGGUUCGUUUCGAUCCAGACAAACCUCAAGUUGCCAUCUACAAUAUGCCGUUUCUCUAUCACAUCUUACCAUCAGCAACCUUAUCAAUACCACAUUUACUUCAAGCAUUACAAUCUGUCAUCAUCAAACAUCAAUCACUUCGUACAUCACUCAAUUUUGACGACGAUCGCAAUCUAUUAAUGCAAACAGUCCUCGAUCCCACAGACCAUACACGACUAUUCACAUAUGUCGAAAGUACAUUUCACAACCAUGAACAGUUGAAUACAAUCAUGCAUGAUGAACGUAGCAACCCAACUCAUUUCGAUCUUCGUCGUGGUCUUGUUUGUCGUUGUCACACUCUUCACCGCGGUAAGAUCAGUCUAGAUGGUCGUCUCAAAGAGAACGAUGCAGUGAUUCUCAAUUUUCAUCAUGCUCUCUUUGAUUUUGCUUCUGUGGACACAUUUCUCAAUGAUCUCAAUCGAGCUUAUACUACUGGCCAACUGGAGAAUGAUGAUGAAACAGCUCUUCGCUAUCUCGAUUAUGCUACCAUCGAACGAGAAAUGACAAUGAAGAAUGCAAGUCGCUUUUGGUUGAAUCAUCUUCGUGGCUGUGACAUUCAACGAACAAUGCCUUUGCCAUUCGAUCGACAUCGUCUCUCGGAUGAGUUUCGAACAGGACGUGGCAAAACUGUUUCGUUUCACUUCGAUCAACACCUUUCACAAACCUUCAUUGCAUAUGCACACGCCAAGAACAUCACAGUCGAAUGUCUGGCAUUAUCCACCUUCUAUGCUUUUCUAUUCAAAUUAACCAAUGGUGAACGAGAUCUGUGUGUUGUGACGAACACCGACGGACGAUACAAAGAGGAGUUUCGUUCAUUGGUUGGAAUGUUUGUCAAUGCUAUUCCUCUUCGAUGUCAACUUGAUCCACAUUGGCCAUUUCCCCAACUUGUCAAUCAUGUUCAUCUACUGAUGACACGCACUUCUACUUACUCAUAUUUUCCUCUUCAACACAUUCUUCUUCAACAUCCUCAAGCGUCCAAACCGAGAUUUCUCGACACAGCUUUCGAAUUUCGUUCGCUUUCAUCCGAUUGCAUCAAUACUCAAGUGCAACUUGGUGAUGUUUCACUCUUACCAGUUCCUCAUUCGAUUCAGAUUGACACUGACGAAAUCGUGAGCAAGUUCGACUUUUCAUUCAACAUUGAGCACAAUAAAACAACUGAUCAGUUGUCGUGCGUCAUCGAUGCAUCGCUGGAUCUGUUCGAUGCCAGAACUAUCGAGAACAUUGCUCGACGUUACUGUGUCAUGCUCAACCAACUAUUUGCCAUGACAAAUGAUUGUUUGACAAAGUCAAUCUAUGAAUUAUCCAUCAUCUUGCCCGAAGAAAUGCAACUGAUUCAGUCGAUCAACAAUACACAGAUGUCAUUCGCAUCGUCUGACUGUUUACACCAUCGAUUCGCUUCGAGAGCCAAUGAACUGCAGCAGAAAGUGGCCGUUGAACUCGAUGAACAGUGUUUGACAUACAGUGAAGCGUUGUACAAUGCACAGAAGUUGGCUCUUCGUUUGCUAAAGCGAUAUGACAUCAAAGUUGGUGAAAUCAUUUGUCAAUGUGUGGAGCGAAGUAUCUGGAUGAUCAUUGGUAUGCUGGCCAUUGAAAUGGUUGGCGGUGUGUACUGUCCCUUGUCACCUUAUGAUCCUGAGCAACGAUUGAAAGUGUUGAUCGAAGAAACGAAAAGUCGUGUUGUUCUGAUUGAUGACAUAACAAAUGAGAAGCUGAGAGAGUGCGAUGCUUGUAUUAAUGUUUGUGAGAUGCUGAUGAUGGAUGAUGAGGAAUUCAAUAAUGGAAGCGAUAUUGAUCGUUUGUCAAGUGUGGAGGUGAACGAGGAGAAUAUUGCGUAUGUGAUUUUCACAAGUGGAUCAACCGGUAUUCCAAANGUGUUGAUCGAAGAAACGAAAAGUCGUGUUGUUCUGAUUGAUGACAUAACAAAUGAGAAGCUGAGAGAGUGCGAUGCUUGUAUUAAUGUUUGUGAGAUGCUGAUGAUGGAUGAUGAGGAAUUCAAUAAUGGAAGCGAUAUUGAUCGUUUGUCAAGUGUGGAGGUGAACGAGGAGAAUAUUGCGUAUGUGAUUUUCACAAGUGGAUCAACCGGUAUUCCAAAAGCGGCUCAGCUGCGACAUCGAAAUUUUGUCAAUUUCAUUGAUUCAAUUAUUUGUAUUGAUUUGUUUGAUGAAAACGAUACGGUCGUCCAAAUGGCACAUUGCUCGUACGAUGUACAUAUGCAAGAAACAAUAGGAGCACUAAUAGGUGGUGCCAGUCUGGUGCUACUUCGUCCACAUGGCAAUAUGUAUUUAGAAUACUUAGUUAAAGUAUUAAACUAUAAACAAGUUUCAUACAUGCAAACCGUUCCGACUUAUAUUGAUAGCGUUGUAAGUUUUCUUGGAAGCUGUGAUGAUUCGAAGUUAAGCACACUACGCACACUGGAUAUUGGAGGCGACAUUCUUGGAAUGCCAUUAAUUAACAAAAUACGACGUUAUUUACCAGAUAACGUUCGAAUAUGGAAUACAUAUGGUCCUGCUGAAACUAGUAUCAAUUGCAUGGCGCAUUUGAUUAAUGGAGCAAGCAAUGCAAAUGAUGUACCAAUCGGACGGCUUCUGCCAAAUUAUCGUUCGCGAAUAGUCGAUGAUUUUCUACAGCUCGUCACAAUCGGUCAGGAGGGCGAAUUGCUAGUAGGCGGGUGUGGUGUUUUUGCCGGCUAUCUGGGACGCGCAGACUUGACCGCAAAAGGAUUAGUAGAGAACAAUGGAGAAAUGUUCUACCGCACGGGAGACCUCGUACAAUUGGAUUCGAAUGGUCUGUUCCAUUUUAUUGGUCGAAAAGAUUUUCAGGUAAAAUUACGAGGACAACGCAUAGAGUUGGGUGAGAUUGAGAGACGCAUAUUGGAGUCUCCAUUUCAUAUUUCCAUGUGUGUAGUCACGAAAUGGGAUAAAGAUUAUUUGAUAGCCUAUGUUCAAAGUAGUGACAUUAAUGAGAGACAGCUACACGAUUUUUGUCGUUCUCAACUGCCAGAAUUUAUGGUGCCUUCAGUAUUCAUCAGAUUAGAUAAAAUACCGUUAAAUACAAAUGGAAAAGUCGAUCGAAAGUGUCUUCCAAAGCCGAACUUAUCUUCCGUAACCCAGUCCACUAUCGGGGGACACAGUUUGCCACGAAAUCCAACUGAAGAGCUAGUUCAUAGUUUGUGGUGCAGAGUUUUACAACGUGAUGGACUACAGAUAUCAACUUUAGCAAACUUCUUCAGCGUUGGCGGCCAUUCGCUUCUUCUCAUUCAACUGUACCAUUGUUAUCAGUCUGCAUUCAGUUUCGACGUGCAAACUCUGUCCGUUGCACCUUUCCUACGGAAUACAACAAUAAGUGAACAUGCAGAUAUACUGCAGGCGAUCAAGCCAGUGGAAAAUCAGUUGACAUCUUGGCAAAUUCUAAAUCUAACCGAAGGACCUGCAUCAUUCGCACAGGAACGCAUCUAUCUUCACGAACAACUUCGAUCUACCACUACUAAUGAUGCCAUCUACAAUGAACUACUAGUUUUACAAAUUAAACAUGGCUCAUUGUCAAAAGCUCGUCUCCAUCAAGCAUUGAAAUCACUUCUUGACAAACACUCCGUUCUACGUACUUCUCUUCUUUUCGAUACAAAUCAAGCCAUACUUUUCCAACAUAUCAUCAACACUCAACAACUCUUCAUCGUUCCUCACGAACAGAUAUUUCACACUGACGAACAACUGCACACUCUUCUUCAGACGCUCACCACGAGUUCGAACUUGUUCGACUUAUCGGCUGCUCGCGUUUUUCACUAUGAGAUUCUUCGACAUCACUCACCAUCAAACAUUGCCAAUGAUGAUCAUAUCAAGCCACGUGAUCUGCUCGUGUUUGUUUUCCACCAUGUGGCCACAGAUCGCAUCUCGACUGAACUCUUCAUUCAUGACCUGUGUCUUGCUUACAAUACGAAUCGAGCACUUCCCAUCGAACCCGACACACUGCAGUACAUAGACUAUUCCACACACGAGCGUCAGAUGGAUAUGAGAGCAUCGCGUGACUUCUGGCGUGCUCAGCUCGAUGAUUAUGAUAGCGAAUAUCAUGUGGCACUCCCGGUCGAUCGACAUCGUCUUCAUGAGACGGAACGUUCGAGUGGUGUAUACUCAGCUGAAUUCACAUUUGAUGGUGAUCUGUGCGCGUCGUUUCUCGCAUUCGCUUCCGAACACGAAGUGACACCAUUUCAGUUGGGUCUUGCCACAUUCUAUGCAUUUCUGUUCAAACUGUCCAAUGGUCAAAGUGACUUGUGUGUGACUUGUAUCAGUGCAAAUCGAUAUCGAAGUGAAGUGCGACAAUUGAUAGGCAUGUUUGCUGCCACACUGCCUUAUCGAAUGCGACUCGAUCCAUGUGAAACAUUUGUUCGACUAGUCGAACAUGUUCGGCAGCAAUGCUUAGCGAUUCUCGAACAUACACAUUAUCCUCUUCAACACAUCCUUGCCGAUAUGAACUAUCAGAAGUCAUCACCCGUGCCAUUUCUGGAGAUCAUGUUUGAUUACAUAACAUUGUGUGAUGUUACUGAUCGAGUGGAUUUCGCUGGAGCUGAUGUUGAUCGAGUAUCGUGGGAGCGAAGCGAGCAUGUGGCUAAAUUUGAUUUUAUGUGCACGAUUGUUCAUGAUGGAUCAGCUGUGAACAAUGCGAUGACAUGUUCAUUAGUCUGUUCGAAAGAUUUAUUUGAUCAAGGAACUNAAAUAAUUGUGGGUAAAUACGAAGGUCAUGAACGUUCUCAAUUAACCAAAGCAAUUGUUAUUGUUACUAAUUUUCGACUCUUAAUUCGUUGGAAAGCGACGAUUUGUGGUUGUGUUAAUCGUUCUUCUUAUUCUUCGAUCAUACUCGAUUCAAUUGAUCGCAUCGACGAAACACGUCUCGAUGAGAAUCUCACAUUUCUCUCGAUAUCUAUAUUACUCGUAGGACUCAUUUCUUGUAUAUGUGGCUUUAUUUACGAAACACAAUGGCUUCGACCACUGGGAAUAACAUUCAUCGUCUUCAGCAUGAUCCUCGUCGUGUGUUUAUGGAACUCGAACAAAAAAAAAUAUAUUACAUUGAGAGGCACGUUUGGCUUGGAGACAGUUAUGUUUAAAACGGCGAUUGCAAGAGAAUUUGCAGGACAAUUGAGCAAAAUGAUUCAUCAGAGACGAACUCAAUAUUUUGUUGAACAAAGUGCGCAUAACAGAUCGUAUUCACCACGAGAAUUUUCAACACCACUGGGGACAGUGGACGUCACUGGAACUGACGUAAAAGUUGAAAACGAAAACAUCUACGAUCCUUUAUUGAACAUUGCGUAG